GCGUCGUGGGCUCUGGCGUUGGCAGCGGUGUCGUAGGCACAGGCCCCAAAGUUCUUACACAUUCGGUUGCGCGCCAUCGUACGAGGCGGUCGCACACUUUUCGUGCCAUAGCCGUAAACCACUGUGUUCCUACCGUUUACCGUUUCACCCCAUCAAAUAUAUCGAAUAUCGAACCGAAAACUGCCUUAAAACAACACACACACACACACAAAGUACCUAUAACUAUAAAAGCUGCCAAAAAACCAAAAAGAAAAAAAUUUGAAAAAUAAAAAACCAAAGUAAAAUCUAAGCCCCAAAAAAAUAAACGAAACCCCACACAAGCGAUGGGAUCAUCCGGAUCCCAGGCGUCCGCGUCCGCGUCCGUGUCCGUGUCCGGGAUCGCGACAGGACGGAUGUCGCUGCUGUUGCGCCUCCUAGCGGUGGCGCUAGUAAUGAAUGCCUGCCACAUGCCGCUGACCAAUGCCAAGCAAGUCUCGAACUUUGACGAUGACCUGGACUUUAUCCUUGCCGACGAGGUAUCCCUGCAGCCCAGCAGCAAGUUGGGCUCGGCGGCGACACUUCAUGGAGGCGGUGGCGACUCCCUGCUGGACGACGACGAUGAGGGCCUCCUCGAGGACGAUGACCUGCCCCUCGCCGAGGUCCAGCAGGCGGCGGACGAGGAUGAGGGCAACUGGUUCAGCCAGGGCGUGCACCGUGUGCGUCGCUCCCUCUCCCGCAUCUUCGGCGGGGAUGGUGCUGCUGCCGCCGAAAAGACCCGCAAUCGUCGCGGGAUCAUUGAGCGGCAGCAGGAGCGUCGCCGUAGGGCCAGGGAGGAGCGGGAGCGGUCGAGGCUCGACCAGAAGCACCGGCUCCAGGAGCAGAAAGAGCGCCAGAAGGUGCUGAUGAAGCAAGUCCAACAGCAGCUGCACAAUCGUGCCACCGAACCCCGAAAGCGCGCUUCUGAGCUGUACGACGAAACGGAGGGCAGCUCCCCCGAUGUCGACGAGGAGACGAGCUUCUAUCGCACAUAUUUCACCAUUGCCGAGCCCUACACGGACGAGUUUGCGGACAGGAACAGCGAGGCCUUCCUCAAUCUGCAGAAGCUGCUCGAGGAGGAGAUCCGCAAGUUCUUUGUGACCACCGUCGAUGAUGAUGAGCUGGACAUCCGCAGUACCCUGCUGCGAGUCGAUCAAACGGAUGAUGGCUUCAAGGUGAACGUGAUGCUCCAACUGGAGCUGCCCAAUCGCAUCACAGAGUUCGAGGACCAACUGCGUGAACAGUUGACGACCUACAGUCGACUGGGACGAUUGGGUGCCUUUGCGGAUGAUGUCUUCUCCUUCGAGAAGGUUCAUGAAUCCAUGUGGCAGGCAGCAGCCCCAACACCAGCGCCCCCAUCAUCAACGACACCGCCACCACCAUCGCUUGAAACGCCAGCAUCUCCGCCAGCUUUCAAGGCGGGGUGUGAUGGUGCGGACUUUUACUGCGCCGAUGGCCAGCGGAUCCAUUGCUACGACCUGUGCAACGGCAGGCAGGAUUGUCAGGACAACUCGGACGAAUGGGAGGACACCUGCAGCAGAUACUACAACGAGCCCACCGAUCCCAGCGAUCCCAGCGAUCCCAACGAGGAUCCACUUCCCCAUGAACCCACUGCCACGUCAGAGCCCGAUGUCGAGGGUUCCGGCCACAACAGCUGGAACACUGGUCCCAGCGAUGACUUGGGCUGUCGCGGCGAUGCCACCUUCAUCUGCCGCACUACCGGAACCACCAUCUGCGACGAGAUGAGAUGCGACGGCGUCUUCAAUUGUCAGAACGGCGAGGAUGAGGAGGAUUGUUAUCCCCAGACCAACAUCGGUACCAGUCCUGGCCUGGUUUGCACUGAAGAUCAGUUCAGAUGCGACUCCAUCUGCCUGCCUCUCGCGUACCGCUGCAACGGGCAAGUCGAGUGCCUGGAUGAGACCGACGAAGCUGGCUGCCCGCCGCCGCCGUACAGCAGCGGGGCGGACGCCAACCCUGGGUCCGGGGCACCCGCCGAUCGCGAACCAGAAGAAGAUUCAGAUACCGAGAAUCGAGAAACCGUAUCCCAACCAGAUCAAGAGCCAGAGCCAGAACCAGAGGCAACUCCAGACCCAGAUACAGGUCGAAAUGAAGUGUGGUCUUCGGAAUGCCAGCCGAAUGAGUACCGUUGCCGCAGUGGCCAUUGCAUUGAUGCUGGAAAGCGCUGCGACUACCGCGUGGACUGUCCCGAUGGCGAUGAUGAGAACGAAGAGUGCCCCGCCGCCUGCAGUGGCAUGGAGUACCAGUGCCGCGACGGCACGCGCUGCAUCAGCGUCAGCCAACAGUGCGACGGCCAUGCCGAUUGCAGCGACGGCGACGACGAAGAGCACUGCGACGGAAGUGGCUUUGGAGUCGAUGACGAUGAGCAGUGUCGGUUCGAUGAGUUCCGAUGCGGCACUGGUGAAUGCAUACCGAUGCGUCAGGUGUGCGAUAACAUAUACGAUUGCAACGAUUACACAGACGAGAUCGGCUGUGACCUCUCCAACGAGGACGUUGGCGGGAUAGGCAUCGCCUUCGACCACCAUCGACCAACGCCCAAGGGUUGGGAUAACGAAGUGGUUUUGCCUGAGCUCGAGUACCUCCCGGUGGGUAGGUACAACAAGCCUGAUCCCCAGAACAAGUGCGCCUCCAAUCAGUUCCACUGCGUCAAUACGGACGUGUGCAUACCGCUGCACCUUCGCUGCGAUGGGUACUACCACUGCAACGACAUGAGCGACGAGGCGGACUGUGAGCGUUACCAGCCGCCACCCAAGACGCGGAGGCCUCCAACGAUCAGAGUCACCACACGGUCACCGUGGGACGUCCCCCCCGAUUCGCUGGAGCGGCGCACAACUGAGGGAGGACCAAGAGGAGGAGUAACGAUACGACCAACGUCACCCACUGCUACUGCCACUGCCACCACCACUAACCCAAUAACAACUACCUUCUCAACAGCAACAACGAUAGCGACCUACUCAUCAUCAUCAUCGUCAUCGCCAUCAUUAGGGGCAAGCAAUUGCCUCGAAAACAUCGAAUUCGCGUGCCACAAUCACGAUUGCAUACCGAUUGAGAGCGUCUGCGACGGCAUCGCGGACUGUGGCCAUCACGAAGACGAGGAUUACGUUCUGUGCAACUGCAGCAGCGACAAGUACAAGUGUCAACGCGGCGGCGGUUGCAUACCCAAGACGCAGGUCUGCGAUGGCAAAUCUCAGUGCCACGAUGGCAGCGAUGAGAGUGCAUGCCACUUCCAGGACAAGUUCAAUAAGACCCGCCUGGGCGUCGAGUGCCUGAGCUUUCAGUACCAGUGCGGCGAUGGUAGCUGCAUAUCGGGGUAUAAGCGCUGCAACGGCAUCACCGACUGUGCCGACGGUGCCGACGAGUACAACUGUCUGUUCAAUUACGAGGACGUCGACUACGACACAGACCCGGACAACAAUCCAUUGAAUGAAUGUGAUAUCCUUGAGUUUGAAUGUGACUUGGGUCAGUGUCUGCCGUUAGAGAAGAAGUGCGAUGGCUAUACGGACUGUGGCGACGAGACGGAUGAGCUCGAUUGCCCGGCCUUCACAGAGCAUUGUCUAGAGAACGAGUUCGAAUGUGACGAGUAUUGCAUGCCACGCGAUCAGCUGUGCAACGGCAUUGCCAACUGCAACGAUGCCAGCGAUGAGCGCAACUGUACUUUUUGCCGCGACGAUGCAUAUCUCUGCAACACUGGCGAGUGCAUUGCCGAUAAUCAGCGAUGCAAUGGCCACGCUGACUGCACCGAUGCCAGUGAUGAGCGCCACUGCGCGAGGGUCGCCUGCCCAUGGCAUACGAUGGCCUGCAAUGGUACUUGCGUCAAUCGGAGUAUCCGCUGUGAUGGAAAGCGGGAUUGUAGCGAUGGCCGUGACGAACGAGAUUGUCCUACGGAUGUAAAAAGCGCUGCGGGCUUGCCCAUAUCCAAAUCCUGCCUCCCUCUGCAAUGGCAGUGUGCGAAUUUCGAGUGCAUUGAUCGCAGGCAGUACUGCGACAAUCGGAAGGAUUGUCGGGAUGGGUCGGACGAGUUUCCCGUCAAUUGUAUUGGAAAUGCCACCACACGACUAACCGCUGCCGAUUGCAGUUCGGAUCAGUUCUUCUGCGACGAUUCGUGCUUCAAUCACUCCAUACGCUGCAACGGUGUGUCCGACUGCAGCGAUGGCAGGGACGAGCAUGGCUGCCACCAUUCCAUACCACCACCAUCGAGCCACUUCCUGCCCUGUCCGCAGCAUACAUGCCCUAGCGGCAGGUGCUACUCGGAAAGUGAGCGCUGCGAUCGUCGCCGUCAUUGCGAGGAUGGUUUCGACGAGGCCAACUGCUGUGCCUCUAAUCAAUUCCGUUGCCAUAACGGCGACUGUGUGCCUUAUUCGUCCACCUGCGAUGGCAUACCACAGUGCCGCGAUGGUUCCGAUGAGCUGGAGUGCGGCGGCUCCCUAGAGUGUCUGCCGAGCCAAUUCCGUUGCAACAACGGCCAGUGCGUGAGCGCCACGGUGCGAUGCAACGGCAAGACCGACUGCCAGGACAGCUCCGACGAGCAGAAUUGCGGUCGUCAUCAUGAGGCCGAUACAACAGCUGCCACAAGUGCCACUAGCGCCCCUAGCCCCAGCACCACAACAGUCAGUCCAUCGACCACGAGCAGCCCCCCACUACGGAUCAUCUGUCCGGCGACCUUGUUUCGGUGCGAGAAUGGGCCGUGCAUUGCCUUGGGACUGCGAUGUAAUGGGCUGGUCGACUGUCCGUACGACAGCAGCGAUGAGGCGGACUGUGGUCUGAUCAACAACGAGAUCGAGCCCAACGAGCCAGGCCGCACCACCAGUCAAUUGAAUCUCAAGACCUAUCCCGAUAGCCAGAUCAUCAAGGAGCGAUAUAUUAGGGAGGGUCGCGAGGUGAUCUUCCGUUGCCGUGACGAAGGACCAUUCCGCGCCAAGGUCCGUUGGACGCGACCCGGCGGCCAGCCACUGCCCCCAGGCUUCACCGACCGGAGCGGACGCCUGGAGAUACCUAAUAUACGCCUGGAGGACUCUGGCACCUAUGUGUGCGAGGCUGUCGGCUAUCCCAGCUACCAGCAGGGACAGCAGGUCACCGUUCACCUCACCGUCGAACGCUAUAAUGACUUGGGUGCCCGUCCGAGCACAGCCUGCAGCCAGUACCAGGCCACGUGCAUGAACGGCGACUGCAUCGACAAGAGUAACAUCUGCGACGGCAUUCCGCACUGCUCGGACGGAUCGGAUGAGCACAGCUGCAGCCACGGACGCAAGUGCCAGCCGAAUCAGUUCCUCUGCAACAACUCCAAGUGCGUGGACCGCACCUGGCGCUGCGAUGGCGAGAACGACUGUGGCGACAACUCCGAUGAGGCCUCUUGCGAUCCCGAGCCCAGCGGUGCCCCUUGCCGUUUUAGCGAGUUCCAGUGCCGUAGCGGCCACUGCAUACCGAAGAGCUUCCAGUGCGACGAGGUUUCCGACUGUUCCGAUGGCAGUGAUGAGGUCGGCUGCAUGGAACCCGUGCCCAUUCGUCCUCCGCCACCAGUGAAGGGUCUGCUCGAGGGCGAGUCCCUGGAUCUGACAUGCGUUGCCACCGGAACACCCAUACCGACAAUCGUGUGGCGCCUCAACUGGGGCCAUGUGCCCGAGAAAUGCGAAUCAAAGAGCUUCGCUGGCACUGGCACCCUCCACUGCCCGGACAUGCAGGUGCAGGACAGCGGUGCCUACUCCUGCGAGAUUAUCAACUCCCGCGGCACGCACUUUGUCACCCCGGACACAAUUGUGACGGUCACACCGAAUAGGAAUCAGUUCUGCGAGGCCGGGUUCUUCAACAUGCUCGCACGCUCCGAGGAGGAGUGCAUCAAGUGCUUCUGCUUCGGGGUGGCCAGCACCUGCGAGAGCGCCAAUCUCUUCUCUUACGCCAUCCAGCCGCCGAUCCUGUCGCAUCGCGUGGUCAGCGUGGAGCUCAGUCCCUAUCGCCAGAUCGUGAUCAAUGAGGCAACCAGCGGCCAGGACCUGCUCACCCUCCACCAUGGCGUCCAGUUCCGUGCCUCGAACGUCCACUAUGGCGGUCGGGAGACCCCCUAUCUGGCGCUGCCCAACGACUACAUGGGGAGCCAGCUCAAGUCCUACGGCGGCAAUCUGCGCUACGAGGUCAGCUACAUGGGCAGCGGACGACCAGUGUCCGGCCCAGAUGUGAUCAUCACCGGCAACCGAUUCACCCUCACCCACCGCGUGCGCACCCUGCCGGGGCAGAACAACAAGGUGAGUGUGCCCCUGCUCCCAGGUGGCUGGCAAAAGCCUGACGGGCGCAAGGCCACCCGCGAGGAGAUCAUGAUGAUUCUAGCCAACGUCGACAACAUCCUCAUCCGCCUGGGCUACCUGGAUAGCGUCGCCCGCGAGGUGGACCUGAUCAACAUCUCCCUCGACUCGGCCGGCACCGUCGACCAGGGCCUGGGCAGCGCCUCCCUCGUGGAGAAGUGCACAUGCCCGCCCGGCUAUGUGGGCGACUCCUGUGAGAGCUGUGCUCCCGGAUAUGUGCGCCAGCCAGGAGGCGCCUGGCUGGGCCACUGUGUGCCCUUCACCCCCGAACCCUGCCCCGCCGGCACAUACGGUGACCCGCGGCGCGGAAUCCCCUGCCGCGACUGCCCCUGUCCUCAGAGCGGUAGCAACAACUUUGCCAGCGGCUGCCAGCUCCGUCCCGACGGAGAAGUGCUCUGCAACUGCUUCGAGGGCUACGCGGGCAAACGAUGCGAGAGCUGCGCCGCCGGUUACCAGGGCAACCCCCUGGCCCCGGGCGGCAGCUGCCACAAGACCCCAGAGUCGUCGUGCAACGUGGACGGCACCUACAGCAUAUAUGCCGACGGCAGCUGCCACUGCAAGGAUCGCGUCAUCGGCGAGCACUGCGACAGCUGUGCCCCCAAUAGCUUCCACUUGAACUCGUUCACGUACACUGGCUGCAUCGAGUGCUUCUGCAGUGGCCACCAGGUGGGAUGCGGCAGCACCACCUGGAACCGUGAUCAGGUGACCAGCAGUUUCGGCCGCACCCGGGCCCCCCAUGGCUUCGAGCUGGUGCGCGACUACACGCGUCCCACGGCCCAGAGCCUGGAGAUUGCCACCUACGGAUCAGAGCUAAGCUUCAAUGCCGAAGGGGAGCACGGGGCGGACACGCUCUACUGGAGCCUACCGGCCGUCUUUCUGGGCAACAAACUGGUCUCGUACGGUGGCAAGCUGAGCUACACCCUCAGCUACAGCCCCCUGCCAGGCGGCCAGAUGUCACGCAACAGUGCCCCCGAUGUGGUAAUCAAGAGCGGCGAGGAUCUACUGCUCAUCCACUACCGCAAAUCCCCGGUUAGCCCUACGACGGCCAGCUCGUACUCGGUGGAGAUCAAGGAAAGUGCCUGGCAGCGCGGCGACGGACAGUUCGCCAAUCGCGAGCACACCCUGAUGGCCCUCAGCAACAUCACGGCCAUCUACAUUAAGGCCACUUACACGACCAGCACUAAGGAAGGGGCUCUUAAGCAGGUGUCCCUAGACACGGCCACCGCCACACCGCUGGGCACACAGCGUGCAUACGAGGUUGAGGAGUGCCGCUGCCCCACCGGCUACAUUGGACUCUCCUGCGAGACCUGUGCCCCUGGCUACAAGCGCGAUGACGUCUCUGGCCUCUAUCUGGGUCUGUGCGAGCCCUGUGAAUGCAAUGGGCACUCGACCCAAUGCGAUGCCGAGUCCGGCGAUUGUAUAAACUGCUCGGACAAUACGGAAGGACCUAACUGCGAUCGUUGUGCUGCUGGAUAUGUGGGCGACGCCACUGGCGGCACCCCAUACGACUGCCAGCCGGAUGGAGGAGAGCCACAGCCACCGUACCGCCCAUUGGAGCCGGGCAACCAGACGAGCGACUGCAGCCGCUGGUGCCAGGCGGAGGGAACGGUCAACUGCCAGGGCAACUACUGCUACUGCAAGCCGAAUGUGAACGGGGAUCGGUGCGACCAGUGCCGACCAGGAACCUACGGUCUGUCUGCGGCCAAUCCGGAUGGUUGCAAGGAGUGCUACUGCUCCGGACAGUCGACACAGUGCCGCUCGGCGCCGCUCUACCGACAGCUGAUACCCGUGGACUUCUUCAAGAAUCCCCCGCUGCUGACGGACGAGACCGGGGAGAUCCAGGAUGAGAAUAACCUCGACUUUGAUGUGGCCACCAAUAUGUACACGUACUCGCACCCCUCCUACCUGCCAAAGUAUUGGAGCCUGCGCGGCAGUGUGCUGGGCAACCAGCUGCACUCCUACGGCGGCGAACUGCAGUACAAACUGCGAGUGGAGUCGUACGGCCGCUAUGAGCCCGGCCAGGAUGUUAUUCUUAUCGGCAACGGUCUGACGCUGAUCUGGUCGCCCAAUCAGGAGUCGCCGGACGGCCUCAACAGGGUCCGCCUGAACGAGGACGGUCAGUGGCAGCGCAAGGAUCGCGGGCGCACUGUACCCGCCACCCGCAGUGACUUCAUGACCGUCCUCUCCGACCUUGAGCACAUCCUGAUCCGUGCCACGCCUAAGGUGCCCACCACCCGCACCUCCAUCGGCGACGUCAUCCUCGAGUCCGCCGUCACCUACGCCUCCCCCGGCCAUGGCCAAGCUGCCACCGACAUUGAGCUUUGUCAGUGCCCUGCUGGGUAUACUGGAAACUCAUGCGAGUCCUGUGCCCCGCUCCACUAUCGCGACGCCGACGGCGCCUGCCGGUUGUGCCCCUGCGAUGCGGACAAUAGCGAUGGCUGCCGUCUGGGCAGCAAUGGCUACCCUGAGUGCCAGUGCAAGCCCCGAUUCAAGGGUGAACUCUGUCGGGAAAUCGACACAUCGCCCAUUAUCGAAGAACCACCCAAGAUAUGUGAUAUAAGCAGGGGAUUUUGUUGCAGCGGCUUUCGGUUCAAUAUUGCGCCUAACGAGACAAUCUCGUUCAAUGACACCCUCCAGAUAUAUAAAGGCAACAGAAUCAUAGGAAAUAUAACCAAGCUGCGAUACGGCUGUCACUUGAGAGACACAGGCAACGAGCCCGAACAGGAACCGGAAGAGCCGGAAGAUAAUGGACGCACCCAGAUCAUUGUGUCGAUAGCCAGGCCCCAGAUCACGAUUGUGCCCGUAGGAGGAUCUCUCACACUCAGCUGCAGCGGUCACAUGCGAUGGAACAAUGAUCCCGUGGUCGUCAGCUGGUACAAACAGAACAGCCGUCUGCCCGAAGAUUCCGAAGUGGAGGGAGGAGUUCUGCAUUUGUACAACCUGCAGAUUACCGACUCCGGCAUCUAUGUCUGCCAUGCCGAAAACAACGAGACAAUGCACGUGUACCAGGACACCGUCUCCGUCACCAUAUCACAGGAAGGCCAGCGCUCGCCGGCCCGAAUUGUGGACCUGCCCAACCAUGUUACCUUUGAGGAGUACCAGCCGAACGAGAUCAACUGCGAGGUGGAGGGCAAUCCCACGCCUUCUGUGACCUGGACACGCAUCGACGGGCAGGCCGAUGCCCAGACUCGCACCGAUGGCACCCACUUGAUCUUUGACUCGCCACGCAAGUCUGACGAAGGACGGUACCGCUGCCAGGCGGAGAACAGCCUCAAUCGCGAUGAGAAAUACGUGCACGUCUACGUCCAGAGCAGUGCCCCGCCAUCGCCGCCUCCGCGCGAACGUGUCUACAUCCAGCCGGAGGAGUACAACGGAGUAGAGGGCGACACCUUCCGCUUGACCUGUCAGUCGACCAGCGGCGCCAAUCUGCACUACGAGUGGUCCCUCAAUGGCUAUCCCUUGAGCGGUCAGCGCAACAUCAUGGUCAGCGGCAAUGUGCUCGAGGUGCGCGACUCCAGUGUCCGUGACUCGGGUACCUAUACCUGUGGCGCCUACGAUCUGCGCACCCAUCGAAACUACACCGAAGAUGCUCGCGUCUACAUCGAGCGUCACGAUCUGCCACCCACCGAUGAUAGUUCAAGUCCCGUGAUUGUGCGACUUCAAGAGCUGAUCACCAUCGAGCAGGGCCGCGACUACAGCAUCACCUGCGAGGCCAGCGGCACUCCGUAUCCCUCGAUCAAGUGGACCAAGGUGCACGACCAUCUGGCCACCAAUGUCCAUGUCAGCGGUAAUGUGCUGAGCAUCUACGAUGCCCGGCCCGAGAACCGGGGCCCUUACUCCUGCAUAGCCGAGAACAUACACGGCUCCGAUCAGUCCAGCACAAAUAUCGACAUUGAACCCCGGGAGCGGCCGAGCGUUAAGAUCGAGUCACCAUCCCUGCAGACCCACUCGGUCGGCUCCCAGGCGUCGCUCUAUUGUCGUGCCAAUGGCAUACCAGAGCCCCAAGUGCAGUGGGUCCGCGUCGAUGGCACACCGCUCUCGCCGCGCCACAAGGAGAUGGGACGCGGCUAUGUUGUCAUUGAUGACAUUCAAAUUGCCGAUGCCGGGGCAUACGAGUGCAGGGCCGACAAUCAGGUCGGCAAGGCCUCUGGUACGGCCUCACUGCGCGUGGUGGAGGCCCCAUUGGUUGUCAUUAAGCCCGACCAACAGAUCAUACGUCUUACCGACGGCGACGAACUGAAUUUGGAGUGCAUAGCCAGUGGCUAUCCCAAUCCCAGUGUCCAGUGGAGCCCCAAGGGCCAAGAGCCCGAGACAGAGACCAGUCUAGGCGUGAAUCGUGAUCUUGUGAGCAAUACGGCCUACCUGAAGAUAUAUCGCGUCAGCCUCUCCGAUGCUGGCAUCUACACCUGCUCGGGCGUCAAUGAGGCCGGCAAUGAUGAACGCAGCGUUCGAGUGGAUAUUCAGCCGAAACGCGGAGACAUCAGUGAUAAUGAUGGCGAUGUGGAUCAUGGACCCUACCAAACCGACUACCCGCCGCCACCAGCCUCCCGACCAGGGCAGCCCCAACGCUUACGCACCAACAUCGGCGAGAAUGUGACCCUCACAUGCGACCUUGGCCCCUAUGUCACACGUUGGGUGCGUGUCGAUGGCCGCCCCCUGCCCUCGAAUGCCUACACUGAGCGCAAUAGCCUGGUGAUCAUAUAUGUGCAUGAGCAGAACCUCGGCCAGUACCGAUGCAAUGCGUACGAUAACAACGAUGUGGUUACGUAUGUGGUAAGGGAACUGGUGCUGCUGCCGCUGCCACAGAUCACCUUCCAGCCAAAGAUUCCACUGCGUGUCGAUGCGGGCGAGAAUGUGGAGAUCUAUUGCGAAGUGACCAAUGCCCAGCCAGAAGAUGUGCACUGGGCCACCGACAAUAACCGACCACUGUCAGGAUCUGUGCGCAUCGAUGGCCAAAUGCUGCGCUUCAUCUCGAUCGCACCUGCCGAUGCCGGCGGCUAUCGCUGCACGGCUACCAAUUACUAUGGCAACACCACUAAGACCGCCCAGGUGGUGGUCAAUCCACCGACCGAAUAUGAGCAGGUGCCACAAUCCGAGGUGCAUCAGCGUCGCGAGGGCGAGAACAUCCAGUUGCGCUGCAGCGCCACCGUACACGGCGAAGAGCGCGGCAACCUUCAGUUUGAAUGGUAUCGCCAGGAUGGCCGCCCCUUACCGAAUGGCGCCCGUCGUGACAGUCAGGUCCUCGUGCUGACCACGCUCCGGCCUCAGGAUGCGGGUCGCUACAUCUGCGACGUUUACGAUCAUGCGAGUGGGCAGCGUCUGCCUGCCACCGCCGUCGAUUUGCAAGUACACCGAGCCCCAUAUCAAUACAAGGUCGGGCAGAGUGUGAAAGACAUGCCCUGCGUGGUUUUCUAUAUAUGUGCUGCAGACUUCAAGAGCAACAAGGGGUCAUCCAUCAAGCCGCUAGGUCCUGGCGGCACCAUCCGUCCCCCCAUCAUCUCGUACGCGUGUCAGCCGAGCGACUUCAAAUGCGUCUCGCAUCCGCACACCUGCAUCAAGACGGGCAUGGUGUGCGAUGGCAUCUACGACUGCCUGGACCACUCGGACGAGUUCAACUGCAUAGCAACUGCCGGCAAGCCAGGGAAGUCGUCAUCGAACUCAGGAUCUGGAUCGGGGUCGGGCAGCCUUAAGCGCUGGAAGAAAAGCCAGAAGAUGGACGGGGAACAGCAAGAUCAUCUAAUCGGAAAACGACGGCUGCAGAAGCGUCAUCUGAUUUUGAGGAGAAGCUUCGCGGGUCUUCCAGUGGUUCCAGUAACGCCUCCGCCGGCUUCGUACCGUCCCGCCUACCUGCCACCGGCCAAAACGCCGGGCCGUUCGCGGGACUACAGCCUAAAGCUGGACCAACAAUCAUCGAAUCUGCGAGCGGGUGAGUCCACCGAAGUGGAGUGCUACUCUUCAGACAAUAGCUACACGGAUGUGGUUUGGGAGCGGGCCGACAGCCAGCCCCUCAGCCCCAACGUUCAGCAAGUCGGCAACCGCCUGGUGAUGACUGAUGUGACUGUCGCCGAUGCUGGUCAAUAUGUAUGCAAAUGCCGGACGGAUGAGGGCGAUCUGUAUACCACCAGCUACGAGCUGACCAUCGAACAACAGCCCCAUGAGCUCAAGCGCUCCAAGAUAGUCCACUCGAAGGUGGGGGCCGAUGCCAAGCUGCAGUGCGGAGCGGACACUAGCCGCCAGCCCAGCUACCGCUGGUCCCGACAGUACGGACAGCUCCAGCCAGGACGAUCCCUGCUAGGCGAAAAACUCUCGCUAGAGGAUCUGCAGGCCAACGAUGCUGGCACCUACAUCUGCACGGCAUUGUACGGAGAUGGAGAGUCCGUGGAUUAUCCCAGCAUACUGGUGGUGACCGGAGCCAUUCCACACUUCCAUCAGGCCCCGCGCAGCUAUAUGAGCUUCCCCACGCUACCGGACUCCUCGUUCAAGCUCAACUUUGAGAUCACCUUCCGACCGGAGGGCGACGACGGACUGCUGCUAUUCAACGGACAGACUCGCGGCACUGGCGACUACAUAGCCCUCUCGCUGAAGGACCGCUACGCGGAGUUCCGCUUCGAUUUCGGUGGCAAGCCGAUGCUCAUUCGAGCCGAAGAGCCACUGCAGCUGAACGAGUGGCACACGGUGCGCGUGCACCGCUCCAGGCGGGAUGGUUACAUGCAGGUGGACGAACAGCACCCAGUGGCCUUCCCCACACUAUCGCAAGUCCCACCGCUGGAUCUCAUCGAAGACCUGUACAUCGGUGGCGUUCCCAGCUGGGAGCUGCUGCCCGCAGACGCGGUCACCCAGCAGACGGGCUUCGUUGGCUGCAUCAGCCGCCUGACCCUGCAGAGCCGCACCGUCGAGCUAAUGCGCGAGGCCAAGUUCAAGGAGGGCAUCACUAGCUGCCAGCCCUGUGCCCAAAGCCCCUGCUCCAACGGCGGCAUCUGUCUGGAGAGCCAGACGGAGGUGGCCUACUCCUGCGUCUGCCAGCAGGGCUGGACCGGCCGCAACUGUGCCGUUUCCGGCACCCAGUGUACCCCAGGCGUUUGCGGAGCCGGACGCUGCGAGAACACCGACCUGGACAUGGAGUGCUUAUGUCCCCUGAACCGCACCGGCGACAGAUGCCAGUACAUCGAGCACCUCAACGAGCAGAGCCUCAACUUUAAGCGGAACAGCUAUGCAGCCUACGGAACCCCCCGUGUCACACGUGUGAACAUCACUUUGUCCGUGCGGCCCUCGAGCCUACGUGACUCCGUGCUCCUCUAUGCGGCAGAGUCCAAGCUCCCCAGCGGCGACUAUCUGGCGCUGGUGCUGCGCGAGGGCCAUGUGGAACUGCUGAUCAAUACGGCGGCACGACUGCGUCCAGUCGUUGUGCGCUCUGCGGAGCCCCUGCCCCUGCACCGAUGGACGCGCAUUGAAGUGCUGCGGCGCCAGGGCGAAAGCAUACUGCGAGUAGGCGAGGGACAAGAACAGCGAGCCAAGGCCUCGGGAACGGCGCGCACAUUGUCGUUGAAGACGCCUCUGUAUGUGGGCGGCUAUGAUCGGGCCUCGGUGAAGAUCAACCGAGACGUGAACAUCACGGAUGGCUUCGAUGGGUGCAUUUCGAAGCUAUACGACUCGCAGCGCUCCAUUCAGCUAUUGGCGGACAUCAAGGAUGCGGCCAAUGUCCAGAAUUGCGGCGAACUCAAUGAGAUCGGUGGCGGAGAUGGCGGAGACGGCGAGGCUGAGGGCGAUAGCGAGGUGCCAGUGGCUCCCGCUGUGGUCCCAACGGCUCCAUUGCCAGAUGCAACCAGCAAUCAGGAGGAGCAACUGCAGCCCUACAACAUGGCGCCGUGUGCCAGCGAUCCCUGCGAGAACGGUGGCAGCUGCAUCGAAGCGGAGAACCAGGCGCUCUGCUCCUGCCCCUUGGGCUACAGCGGCAAGCAUUGCCAAGAACACAUCCAAGUGGGCUUCAAUGCCUCGUUCCGAGGCCAUGGUUACCUGGAGAUCAAUCGCAAUCAAUUUGAUGCCGCCGUGGAGCAGGUGUUCACCUCCGCCGCCAUGGUAUUCUCCACGAGCAAACCGAAUGGGCUGCUGCUCUGGUGGGGACAGGUGGCCGGCGAAGAGUAUGUGGGUCAGGACUUUAUCGCCUUGGCCGUUGUUGAUGGCUAUGUGGAGUACUCGCUGCGUUUGAACGGUGAGGAGACGGUGAUCAAGAACAGUGACACCCGCGUGGACGAUGGCCAGCGGCAUAUUGUGCUUGUGAAGCGAGUGGAAAACACGGCCAUUCUUGAGGUCGAUCGCAUAUCGCAUUCGGGUGAGACGCGACCCACCGGCAAGAAGGAGAUGAAACUGCCGGGCAAUGUGUUCAUAGGUGGCAUUCCGGACAUUUCACAAUUCACGGGCGGACGUCACACGCACAACUUUGUCGGCUGCAUCGUGGUGGUUGAGGGUGAUGCCGUGGGUCAGAUCAAUCUGGGCCAAGCCGGCGUCAAUGCCGUCAAUGUGGACACCUGUCCAGUUAACGAUGAAUCCUUGGGAGGCACCGAACCGCCAGUUGUCUAGGCGAUACGCCCACACAACACGCAAACCAGCAACCGAAAUUAGCUUUUUAAUUAAUUAACAAACAAAAGGAACCCCAAUUUUAAUAUUGUAUAUCGUACAAACGAUACGCGGAAGAAAAAAUAACAAUUACGAUAUGCUCUGUGUGUGUCGAACUUCAAAACUACGAUUGCUUCUUCGAUCCCUAAGUCUAAGUUAAAUAUUUCAGAAAGGAAACGAUAAGAAUGAAAUAUCACAAAAAAAACAGCCAUAUGAAGAAGUGAGACGACACGAUAACCGAAACGAAACAGAAACAAUAAUAACAACAAUAUAUAAAGUUUAAGGCCUAACUAACUCUACAAAAAGAAAAAACCGCAUACUAGCCAACAGAAAAUCCAGAAAAACUACUGAAAAAAUGCUGCAAAAGUAACGAAAGAACAGGCAAUAAGCAACAAAAAGGAUAUGCUCAAUAGCAGAAGCAUUUUAAUUAUUAUAAUGAUAGUUUAUAUAUUAUUAUUAUGAUGAAGUAUGUUUUUUUUUCCUAUGUAAAACCCCAGUGUAAAAUGUUUUUAAAUUAACAUUCGAUGAAAAAAUGGAAUUGGAAAUUCGUGAAAUAAAUAUGCAGCCAGCCCCCAUCAUACAUACAUACAUAUAUCAUAUACCGAAUAAUGAUAGUGCCGCAACACCCACUGUGCAGAUGCAUGUAAAAACGAACGAAACACACAGUGGGAGUGGAAGAGCGCAUAAGCAGGCAAAACAAAAAAAUAAAAGAACAUAUAUGUUUAUUAAAAAUCGAAAUCCACAAUAA